AUGAAGGCCUCUCUCCUUGCUGUGCUGGCUUUGAUCCUAUGUGCAGGUCAAGUAACUGGCCUGUAUUGCUACACCUGCGAGUGGGAGCAAAGCAACUGGAGCUGUCUGAAGGCCAAUAAGUGCUCAGACAAGGAUGAGUACUGUGUGACCAAUGUUGCCUCUGUAGGAGUUGGCUUUUUGUCCCUAUGGAAGAGGAUCACCAAGAAGUGCUCCGAGACCUGCCCACGCCACAACUUCCAGCUGGGCCUGGCUACCUACACCUCCUAUUGCUGCCAGUCCUUCUUGUGCAACCUGAGUGCAUGCCCAGGACCCAGGCUAGCUAAGGACUGAGGUGGUUUGGUGUCCCAUGCGGGUGUCCUUCUUCACCUGCUCCGUGAUGGUGGAACGAAGUGGCUCCUGAAGGCUUGAAGAGCAUGGUCAGAUCCCCCCAGGAGGUUACACCACGCUGCGAGGGCACAUCUCCAUGCCGAAGGAGCUGCGAUGGGCGAUGCACCUCCCUUUACCUCUUCAUUAGAGCACCGUCUCUUCCAUACCCUGUUCUUCACCCCGGAGCCAUCCAAGCCCCCUCUUCUCCUUCAGCUCUCAUUUACUCCUCACACAAUAUUUCCUCAUAUAAAGAACCAAGGGGACUUGUGUGGUUUGGUUCCUGUGUGCCAGAAUUAUUCAGCUCAUGAAAGCAGUGAGGAAUCCCAGUUGGAUAGACUCUAAUAAUUAAUAUUUCAUUGUGUUGGAUUUACACGUCCUGCUGUAGCAGAGACAUAAUCCCCCUACAGUCUGCAGGAAAACACAAUUGGGAAUGGGUAUAUUUUUCCCACUUUAAAGCAAAAAUGGCUUUAUUUUAGCUUGGUUUGGUUUGCUGCAGAAAAGCAUUCUUGUCAUAGCUAAUGUAAGGGGAAGUAAGUCAUCAUGAGCAUAGUUGAAGAGCUAUUCCCCUUGCACUGCAGCACAAGGGCAUUGAAAUCUGCCAUCCUCCCCUACUCUGGUGGCCAUUCCUCCUCUCCAACACAUCCGAGAUGCUCAGGGAGGAAGAAGAGGUGGGUGUGAUUCUUAACUACUGAUUUUUACCAGAAAUCAGGGCAAAUUGGAACCAUGGAGAAAUGGAAGCCAUUGACACAUGGAUGAGGCUGUCCAGAAAAUCACCUGUGCCCCUUGCUGCAUUAUUGUGCAAGGCAGAAUCCACCCCUUG